GCCGGGAUUGCGCGGCCCGCGGGACCAGCUGUGCGCCUGCGCAGUCAGGAAGCGCACUGGCCGCUCAGCGGGGGCCACGACCAGGAUGGCGUGUGCUCCAGGAGCCCUCGGUCACCGUGCACUCUGGGCCGUGGCCUGGGGACUCCUGCUGCUGGUCGCAGGGGCGCAGCGUGGCAGGAAGAAAGUCGUGCACGUGCUGGAGGGCGAAUCCGGUUCCGUGGUGGUGCAGACAGCGCCUGGGCAGGUGGUGAGCCACCGCGGUGGCACCAUUGUCUUACCCUGCCGUUACCACUACGAUGCGGCCGCCCACGGUCACGACAGCAUCCGCCUCAAGUGGACGAAGGUGGUAGACCCUUUGGCUUUCGCCGAUGUCUUCGUGGCUCUGGGUCCCCAGCAUCGAGCCUUUGGUCCCUACCGAGGGCGGGCGGAGCUGCAGAACGAUGGACCUGGGGACGCCUCCCUGGUCCUCCGAAAUGUCACCCUGCAAGACUAUGGGCGCUAUGAGUGCGAGGUCACCAAUGAGCUGGAGGAUGACGCCGGCAUGGUCAAGCUGGAUCUGGAAGGGGUGGUCUUUCCCUAUCACCCGCGCGGAGGCCGCUACAAGAUGACUUUCGCAGAAGCGCAGCGCGCUUGUGCCGAACAGGAUGGCAUUCUGGCGUCCGCCGAGCAGCUGCACGCGGCCUGGCGCGAUGGCCUGGACUGGUGCAAUGCAGGAUGGCUACGCGAUGGCUCUGUGCAGUACCCGGUGAGCCAGGCCCGGGAGCCCUGUGGCGGGGCUGGGAGCCCUGGGGCUGGUGGUGGCACCAACGGGGGCGUGCGCAACUAUGGAUAUCGUCAUAACGCUGAGGAACGCUACGAUGCUUUCUGCUUCACAUCCAACCUCCCGGGCCGUGUGUUUUUCCUGAAGCCGCUGCGACCUGUGGCCUUGGCCGGGGCGGUGCGCGCGUGCGCAGCGCGGGGUGCCACUGUGGCCAAAGUCGGGCAACUGUUCGCUGCGUGGAAGCUGCAGCUGUUGGACCGCUGCACUGCAGGCUGGCUGGCGGAUGGCAGCGCGCGCUACCCCAUCGUGAAUCCGCGAACUCGCUGCGGAGGUCCUCGGCCCGGCGUGCGCAGCCUGGGUUUCCCUGACGCCUCCCGACGCCUCUUCGGUGUCUACUGCUACCGCGCUCCGGGUGCCCCAGACCCGGCUCCAGGCGGCUGGGGCUGGGGCUGGGCCGGCGGAGGAGGUUGGGCCGGAGGGUCGAGGGAUCCAGCUGCCUGGACCCCGCUGCAUGUCUAGAUCUGGGAGGAUGCGUGUUUGGGGUGUUGGUGGCUGAUCCAGUGGCCUCAUGCACCCCCUGGAUAUUGAGCACGUCUCAGAGUCUCAGAGAUUCCUUGGACAUAUGACACAACCCUGCGGUGCACUGCAGGCUGAUCUAGCUACUUGUGGUCUUUGGACAUUGACCAUACCUAAGGUUUCCUGGAUACGAGACAUGCCCCUGCGGUGAGCUGCAGGCUGUCCCACUUGUUGUGGUCCUUGGUCGCUGACUAGGCUGCCCUCUGAGGAUCCCUGAUAGUGGCCAAGCCCACUUCUUUGGAUAGUAGAUGUUUCAUCUUUCAGACUUUGUCUAGAAGAGUCAUGCUCUCCCUCAGCCCCCAGGAUCCCAGCAGACCAGCAGGACUCUGCAGUUUCCUAAAGAAGAACCACCCUUCUAGGGCCUCCUGAAAAACAGGAGGACACUCCCCCUCAGUCACCUGGAGGCUGGACCCCCAGGAUUAACUGGAGACCUGCCCCCCCCCCAAACCUUCUGCAUUUCCUGGGAGAUGGAAAACUGGUCUUGGAUAGUCAACUGUCCACUGACUUCUCCCCAUUACCCAGUGAAGAAACAGAAAACUGUGUGUCACAAAGUGAUCGUGCCUUGUGCAGGCAGGUGACCCAGAGGCUGGGUAUUUCCACUUUUCCGGAGAGUCUCUUUACGUUUCCAAGGUAUCAUGCCUUGUCCCUGGGUCAUUAUGGAGGAUAAAGCCAACACCUCUGGCUUCAUGGGAGAAUGUCCCAAGCUGGCUCCCAGGAACAGUGGCCACGCCUAUCUCUCAGGUAUUUCCUCUGGCCAGAGAGUAGACUCGCCUGAAUGUCCCAUCUCCCUGGGCUCCUUGGGGGAUGUCACCAAAGAGAUUAGUCCCUCCGGCCAGAAAGUCCUAAAAAUCUGAUUUGUAGAGACAAGCUGCUCGGCUUCUUAAGCUCACAAGGCCACCAGUGCAGCCUUACCCAUCUCAACGCUACACCCACAGAAAUGGCACAUUCUGCCUUCCUCUGUAACCAUGGUUACCACACUUUUUCUUUCCCACUGGCCUAAAGCCCAGACACCUAUCACUUCAUAUUUGGCUGUUCCUGCCCUGGUGGACCACUGUGGAGAUAAUCUUCCCCACCGAGUGUCCUCAGGGUAACCAAGCAUUCAGUUCUCCAGGCCUCUCCAUGGAAACAGCUGCCCCUUUCCCAAAGUGCACCUUCUGUUUCUCUCAGCUGCCCAAGCCCCGCCCCUAGACAGCUUGAGCCUCCGGUCUGUUGCCAUGGAGACCAAACUAGUGUCCAAGGUAACAGAACACCGUCCGUCAAGGCUUUCUCUCCAGGGUCCCAUCCUGUCCGGCUGUUCCAUAGAGACUAUCACUGACAGCUGACCUGCUACACUCAGGAACUUCUGGUUAUGGGCAGAGUACCUCUGACUGGAGCUGCCUCCUGUGUUCCUCGGGCGCUUGACAAAUGCUUCUUCAGACGGGCCUAUGCAGGACUCUGCUUCAGGGGCAGCUGCCUGCCACUAUCCGUUUGCAUGCUAACUCUACUCUACGCAGCAGCUGGGCACAAGCCGCCACUGCAACCCCCGCCAGCAUUUUCAAUGCUCGCCCUGCGGAUGAGAGUACUGAGUGCCGCACAAGGCCAACCUUUCCUUCUUGGAGACCAGGGAGGGCGGACUCUCCCUGAAACCACCAAUUUCAACCCAUUUCUGAGGGCCCAUGUGUGCUCAAGGGUCAAGACCAGCCCAAAUGCAGGAGCUUCCAGGUCUCAGGUGCUGCUGGGACCAGCAAGUACCCUUGCCCACACACCUUCCUGCCUGCCCCAUCUAUUGGCUAACUCCACCUCUGAGUCUGGAAGCUGAGGGGCUGUGGGCUCCAGUCACACCUUUAUUCUAAAGUGUGCAACCAAAACCUUAUCCAGGGUCUUCUGUGGACUAGGGUUGUUCUGAGGUCCCCAGCAGCAGUCUGCAGCCCAGGUUUAAUAAACCUUUGUCCCUUCUGGUGAAU